AUGUCUGCUGAGAAGCGCUUCGCUCAAGACUGGAACGCUCCAGUUGUCUACCGAGACAUUUUGGUCGCCAUGGUCGAAGAGUACAAGCCGCCGGCUGCUACCCUCAAGAAGAUUGUCGAAGAAAUGACCAAGCUGGGACACCAGUUUACCUUCCGCGGACUAGAACACACUUGGGACGCCGACAGCAACCGGGACUUGCUCAUCGCCAUGUAUGAGACGCUGUCUCCCGGUGCUGAGCAGAUCCGGGCCAUCGUCGAGCGUACCACCGUAAUGGGCUACGAAUUCACGCCCAAAGCAGUUGUCCAACAUCUGCAGAAGCUCCGCCGUACCGUGGGCUCUGGCGAGCCUGGCGUGGCUCCCGCCACUCCCAAGACCCCUCGUACACCCAAGACGCCCCGUGCCAAGGGCACACCCAAGAGCGGCGGCAAGCGCAAGAACGCCGCCAAGGCCGAAGAGGAUAGUGACGAUCCAUCCGGCAAAGAAAUAUCUGCCAAAAAGGCCAAGACCGAGCAGAGUGACGAAAGCGAGGACUUUGCUGUCAAGGAUGAGCUCACCUCGGAGGCAGACAAGUCUGCCGAGGAGGGCAUUUAA